AUGACGACCGCAGCUGCGACCUCUGCGGGCGCUUACGCUUCCGGCUCCGCUGCGCGCAAUGUUCAACCCCCUUGGACCCGACCUGAUCCUCAAGGAAACGACGCAGCCCCAGAGCUGCAUGUCUACAACUCGCUGACUCGGACCAAAGUGCCCUUUGUUCCCAUGAAAGGAAAGACUGUUACGUGGUACAAUUGUGGUCCUACUGUCUACGAUGCCAGUCACAUGGGACAUGCCAGGUGAGAAUUCUCCUUUGCAAUUCAGAUAGACUCGAGGUCGGAGUGACCAACCAUACCGCACUGUGUGUUCAACAGAAAUUACGUCUCGCAAGAUAUCAUUCGUAGGCUGCUGAGGGAUUACUUUGGUUACGAUGUCAUCUUGGUUCAGAACGUCACGGACAUCGAUGAUAAGAUUAUAGUCCGAGCUCGACAAGUGCACCUUCUAUCCGAACUCCAGAAGCAGCAUGCCAGUGGCUUGACAAAGGAGCUGCUGGAAAAGGUCCAAGAAGCUUGGAGAGUGUUUUUCGAGAAGACUUUGAAGAGGUUUGCUCCUCCCCCGGCCCCUCAGGAUAAAGAGCUGGGAGGUGCGGCUUUGACAGAGGCUAUGUGGGAGGAGGUUUCAAGGCUGUACAAAGAUGAGCAGUGGAAAAGGGAGAACACAGAAAAGGAGCCGAAGCUCAGCAUGUGGUUUGCUGCUCUCGUGAGUCGGAGUCAAAACGAGGCAAGAAGUCGAGGCAUUCUUCGUUCAGACUUGAUGCCCCGCUUUUACAGGAUUCAUCGCGACAGGCUCAAGUAGCAGCAGUAAUGUCGCUCGCUGCAACUCCGACCACCGAGGAGCUGUCCAAGCAGCUCAUCGACGCCUCCGCAGACGUCCUUUCACCCUGGUUGGACGCAGCCAAGGGCGCUAGCGUUUCAGAUCACAGCAUCUUCCGGUCCUUGGCCGAGUACUGGGAAGGUCGAUUCUACGAGGACAUGACGCGCCUGCAUGUCGAGAAACCCACUCUCGUGACCAGAGUGACCGAGUACGUACCUCAAAUCGUCGACUUUGUCAAGCGAAUCGUGGAUAAUGGGUACGCUUACGCGGACUGUAGUCCGGGAGAGGGAAAGAGCAACGUCUGGUUCGAUACUAGGGCUUUCGAUGGGGCUCCUUCUAAAGCGGCGAAUGCUGCGCCAGAGGCAAAGAAACAUCAUUACGCUAAAUUGGCACCCUGGAGCAAGGGCGAUAAGGCCUUACUGGAAGAGGGCGAAGGUAAGCACGCAGAGCGCUUCACCUCGAUUGUGGGGAUCGGCUGACCCGUUCCAUCGAUAAUAUGACAAUGACCGCAUCAUGCAGGCUCGCUGUCCACGGGCGCUUCGACAGUCUCUGGCAAGAGGACGCCGUCUGACUUUGCGCUUUGGAAGAGCUCCAAACCGGGCGAGCCAGCUUGGCCUUCUCCGUGGGGCUUGGGUAGACCGGGUUGGCACAUUGAGUGCUCAGUGAUGGCUACCGAAGUGCUCGGCACCCAAAUCGACAUUCACUCGGGCGGCGUUGAUCUCAUGUUCCCGCACCACGACAACGAGCUAGCGCAGAGCGAGGUAAGUCUCUCGUCUUCGUUACAACCCGCGCCAAGGCUCAGAGGUGCGAAGUUGACCUUGUUUCACCGCUGUUGCGCCCAGGCUCACAGCGGCUGCGGUCAAUGGAUCAACUACUUUUUGCACACGGGUCACUUGCACAUCGAGGGCUUGAAAAUGUCCAAAUCUCUCAAAAAUUUCAUUUCCAUUGACGAAGCUUUGGAAAAGUACACUCCCAGAAGGCUCAGGCUUGCUUUCUUGCUGCAACUUUGGAGCUCAAAAAUGGACUUUAGGGAAAGUGCCAUGGCAGAAGUGAAGAAUGCGGAGACCACUUUCAACGUGAGCUACAUUUCCCGUGACUACAAGGUGUCAAGACCAUCUUCAUUGACCUCGAUCGCUCUGUCCUGCGCUACAGAACUUCUUUGCGACUGUCAGGUCUCAUCUUCGUGAAGCCCGGUCCCGGGGUCUAGCGUACUCGGACGGUACAGCCCACUUCUCCCAAGCAGAAGCAGACCUUCUCACCUCGCUCGUUGCGGCGCAACAAAACUUUAGAAGAGCCAUGUGCGACUCGUUUGACACUCCGAGCGGUAUCAACAUCUUGUUGGAGCUUGUUUCCAAGGCCAAUGUGUACGAAAGAAGUGCAAAGCCGCAUGAUUUCAACGUCGAAAUCUUGGAGAGCGUCGCGCGAUGGGUCAGCGAUGUGCUGCUCGUGUUUGGUCUGGGUGAAGGCCCGAGGAGAGAGGGACAAAUCGGCUGGGGAGACUCUCCCGAACCGGGAGCUGCCAAUGGGCUCGACUCGAGCGAGGACGUGAGUUGUCUGUGACGCAUUCAUUUUGGCUGCCAACAGUGCACAUACUGACAGGCUUCCACUCCUGCUCUCGACAGCGCGAGGAGAUACUCAUGCCAUAUCUCAAAGCUCUGUCCAGCUUCAGAGACUCGAUCCGGAAGCUUGCGCGAGAAGACGCUCCAAGCGCCGAGCUGCUCAAGUUGGCGGAUCAGCUUCGUGAUGUAGACAUGGUAGAUCUGGGCGUGGCGAUGGAAGAUACAGAGUCUGGUCAAGCUAUGUUGAAACUCGUGCCUGCUGCGCAAUUGCAAGCUGCCAGAGCGGAGAAGGAACAAGCGGCCAAGGAUAAAGUGGCUCGAAAGGCAGAAGCUGCGGAAAAAGCAAAGGCUGCUAGGAUCGAAAAGCUGCAAAAGGGAAGCGUAGCUCCGGAAUUGCUCUUCAGACGAUCUUCUGGUGCUCCUGUUGAAGAGUCGGAGUACGCGCAAUUCGACGACAAGGGUAUUCCUACUCAUGACAAGGAAGGCAAGGAACUUGCCAAGAAGCGCAGAAAGAAUUUGGAAAAGGAACACGAAAAGCAGAUCAAGCUGCACGAAGAGUAUCUUGCAGCAAAGCAAGCGGGCGAAAUUUGA